AUGCGGCCUCUCAGCGCUGUGAUGGUUUUGGCACUGGCCAGCUGUGGCAUCGGCGCCCUCGAAGCAACGAUCCUCGCUGACACGAAUCGCGACGGCAAGGUCGAUGUGCAAGGGAAAACGGACAUGUCUGGUAAGGAAAUCUGGACCGACGGCUCCGGCGCCCUCUUCCUCCCCAACAUCGCCGACACGAACGGCCGGUGCUCGUCCAAGAUCACCGAUGAUACCUCCAACAAGGAGCUCGACAUGUGCAACGACGCCUCGGACAAUGUACAGCGUAACCCCAAGUACCUGGCACCUGUUCGGACCGUCCCCAAUCCACGCCUCGGCGAUGGAGCUGUUGGCUCUGUGCUUGUCGUCGAGAGCGCCGCCGCCGCCUUGGUCCGAAUCUUCCGCAAGGACAGAGCCGGCUGGGAGUACGUACCUGCAAACUACACGUUCACCGCCCGUGCUCUCAGAGAGGGCCUGCACCUCGGCGUCGACGGCCGCCAAGUGCGAACGACGGCCUGGGAUGGUCGGGCGACGAUCGAGUUCACCGUCAGAGACGGGAGGGACGAGGCCAAGGAUCGCGUCGCCCUGCGAGUUGCCCCGGUGUUGACCCACCACCACGGGCAGCGGGCUGAGCAGGUGUUGGCUUCGGCCGGCGACGGCACGGGAAGAGUGCAGGACAAAUUUGUCCAGGAUCUCACCCGUCAGUCCGCCCGGGCCCGCGUCAGGCUGCCGCUCUUUGCCGUCAACACGACCGACAUCUGGACUCAAGACUUCUUCGAGCCCGGCUACAGCAGCAUUCCCGGCCCCGACGGCCCCGUUGUCCUGCGCAUCAUGAUCCGUUCUGCCCAACAGGAGGGCCGUCGCGUUUCCGGUCGCAUCAUCUACCGCGAGCUUCGAUCCGAUACGGUCGGAGCCGUCCAGCAGCACGUCCACGGAGGCACGACGGACUCGAUGGGAAACCUCGAGACGAUUCCGCCCCACGCUCACAAUGGCAAGUCGUACCCUGCCGGCCGCGCCAUCGUCGGAUCGAAGAAGGGUGUGAGACCGUUCGUCUUCCACUUUCUCAACGCCCAGGAAGUCCAGGCCCCCGUGGAGAUUGACACCACCUGGCUCCAGGUCGGACACACGGACGAGUUUCUGCAAUUCCUGCCAGCCAUGAACGCCCGUGGCUGGCUCAUGAUGGUCUCGGACCCGGUCGCCGGCCUCGAGCGCCUUCGGGUCGCGCAAAGAUCUGGCCACGGCUCCGUCAGCGGCUUCUCUCGCCCGAGGCUGUCGAGCGAUGGCAACCUCCGCUGUUCCCCGACGGAGACGAUUGACGACAUCCUCGGCAAAGCCAACUUUUCGAAGGUCCAGGAGUUCAGCGCGAGGAACAUCGAGGCCAAUGUCAACGUCGUCAAGCGUGAGACUGGCAUCGUUGACCGGGACAUCAUUCGCGUACCAACCCUCUUCGCCACGAUGGAGCAGUUUCCCAGCUGCCAGCUGCUGGGACCAAUCCGAGCUGCUCGAGCGGCCACUAUCCUCGAGGUCUCGGCUCCUCGGCCCAUCGGUCGGCGCCAUGCCUCCAACGCCGUCGAGGUCGGCGCCUUCUACCCCAACGUCAUCAACGGCGUCGUCAUGAGCGACUCGCAGUACGUUGCGCCGAACCCUUGGGGACCAGUCAUCGACGGACAGGACAUCUUGGCCGCGGCCGUCUCUGCCGUCUACGCAAGGGCCAACUACACCGUCACUUUCAUGGACGAUUGGUUUUCGCACCAUCUCGGCUUUGGAGAGGUCCAUUGCGGCUCCAACGCAGUCCGCGAUGCCUCGGCCCGAUGGUGGUAA